CGUCGCCGGACUCGGGAGCGCGCGUAGAGCGGGGGCCGCGCGGAGCGGGGCGGGCGUGGAGCGUGCGGGGGCCGCGCGCUACCUCUCACAGCCCAGGCGGAGGGACGGACGGACGGACGGACUAGCUAGCUGGCUGACGAGCGGGCGGGCAGGCGGCACUGCCGGGGGGCGGCGGCGGCGGCGGGCACAGCGCACGGGGUGACUCCCAGUGACCCAACUAAACCUCCCCAAGAUCCAAGGCGUGAGGAGGAGAGAGCCCAGAGGAGUUAAGAAGAGCCUCAAAGCAGGAGAACCUUCAGAACCCCUUUCAUCUACCAUUGUCUGCCAAAACACAGUCAAGUGGAAUCAACUCCUUUAUCCACCUUUGACCAAGUGGGGAAUAUGGCUUCUGGGAUUUCAAGUUUCCUCUUGGUUUUGCAUGAACUCUACAGAAACGGUGGCCCUUGACGGGUUUUGGAGACCUAGGAUAGAAAAGCUCUCCCUCUUCAUUCCCUUCCCCCCAACCCCUUCAAAGGAAAGGAUUUACAGCUCAACCUUGCAGCAGCUGUUGCUCAGCUUUAGCCGCCAAGAGGGAAAUAAAUAACAUUAAACCACCAUUGCCAGGCAGCCGGUCCUGGUGAUAUUGAGGGGUGGGGGAAUGUGGCACCAAGGAGACUACUUGAAAGGGGCAGAAAUUGGCAUGGAAACAGACUCUUUCUGAAGCUGGAAGGGGGACCCGCAUGAAGUUUCUCAUUUGGAUGAAAGUUAAGAAAGACAUAGUCUGAAUAGGUCCAGCUCACACUUUUGGAACUGUGGCAGCUUUGGUAUCAACUGAAGGGGCUUUAAGAAGUCCUGUCCUGUCAGCAGCUCUCCACCUUUGCCCUGGGUGCCAUUCUUUCCUGUUCUCUCCCUUCAAAGACCUGUCUCCACCCAUGAGCCCAUCUCUGAUCUGUCUGCCUGCCCAUGUUCUCAGCCUGCUGCCAUCUGCAUGUAUACAACCCACAUCUCUGCGCCUUUUAAACUGUAUAAGUUGUGCUGCCUAAUCCCCCCUACCUGUUUCAUCCUGGAAAAGGAGUUAUUCACUUGUUGGUUUCUCCUUUCCCCCUCCCAUGCUUUUUGUUUCAUUUGAAAUCCUCUGACCUUUGGUUUUAUUUGGGAGGGGGAAGGGCCAUAGCUUUGAACUCUAGUCCCCAGGUUUCCUACUGUGCUCUUCCUCCUCCCUGUCCCCAUUGACCCCACAUCCCAUUUUCUUACCCACUCUGCCACUGUGUGGGCCUGGGCUAUGCGGCAAGGCAGAUCUCCCACUAGAGCUCCAACAUGCCCGCAGAGUCCGGAAAGAGAUUCAAACCCAGCAAGUAUGUGCCCGUCUCAGCAGCCGCUGUCUUCCUAGUGGGAUCCACAACACUCUUCUUUGCCUUUACGCCCAGUACUCUCUCCAGGACUCUGCCACCAGCUGCCUCAAAUAGAUGACCUCUGAACUCUUCUGGCUCUAGAUCUAGGCUCCUGUUAUCUCAUGACCUAGUGAUUCUGUUGGCAUAGCAGAUAGCAGCCUGAGCAGCCUUCUCAAGCUCUCAACGCUCAUGAAAUCCCUAGAGAGAGGAAGGAUUUCGGUGCCCAGGGUUGAGCCUGUAUGUGUCACCUGCAGUGCCCAUCUAUAAUGCUGUCAUCUUCCUCUUUGUGCUGGCCAACUUCAGCAUGGCCACCUUCAUGGAUCCAGGCAUUUUCCCCCGAGCUGAAGAGGAUGAGGAUAAGGAGGAUGACUUCCGAGCACCCCUAUACAAAACUGUAGAGAUUAAAGGGAUCCAGGUGCGCAUGAAAUGGUGUGCUACUUGCCGCUUCUACCGUCCCCCUCGAUGCUCACAUUGCAGUGUCUGUGACAACUGUGUUGAGGAAUUUGACCACCACUGCCCGUGGGUGAACAACUGCAUUGGGCGACGGAACUACCGCUACUUCUUCCUCUUCCUCCUGUCCCUCACUGCCCACAUCAUGGGGGUGUUCGGCUUUGGCCUGCUCUACAUCCUCUACCACAUGGAGGAGCUCUCAGGGGUCUGCACGGCUGUCACCAUGGCAGUAAUGUGUGUGGCUGGCUUGUUCUUCAUUCCUGUGGCCGGCCUCACGGGAUUUCACGUAGUGUUGGUGGCCAGGGGUCGCACAACUAACGAACAGGUUACGGGUAAAUUCCGGGGAGGUGUAAACCCUUUCACCAAUGGCUGUUGCAACAAUGUCAGCCGUGUGCUGUGCAGCUCUUCAGCACCUAGGUACUUGGGGAGACCAAAGAGAGAGCAGACAAUCCUGAUUCGUCCUCCCUUCCUCCGACCUGAAAUUUCAGAUGGACAGAUUACUGUGAAAAUUAUGGACAAUGGUAUCCAGGGGGAGCUCAAGAGAACCAAGUCUAAGGGAAGCCUUGAGGUGACAGAGAGCCAGUCUGCCGAUGCUGAGCCCCCCCCACCUCCUAAGCCAGACCUGAGUCGCUACACAGGCCUUCGGACUCACCUCAGCCUGGCCACCACCGAGGAUAGUCUGUUGAGCAAGGACAACCCCCCCACACCCACCAUGUACAAGUAUCGGCCUGGCUACAGCAGCAGCAGCACCUCUGCUGCCAUGCCUCACUCAUCCAGUGCUAAGCUAAGUCGAGGAGACAGCCUGAAGGAGCCAACUUCGAUUGCCGAGAGCAGCCGCCAUCCCAGCUACCGCUCAGAGCCCAGCCUGGAGCCGGAGAGCUUCCGCUCUCCUACCUUUGGCAAGAGCUUUCACUUUGACCCACUGUCCAGUGGCUCUCGGUCCUCGAGCCUCAAAUCAGCCCAAGGCACAGGCUUUGAGAUGGGCCAGCUGCAAUCAAUCCGCUCCGAGGGCACGACCUCCACUUCCUACAAGAGUCUGGCCAACCAAACCCGCAAUGGGAGUCUGUCCUACGACAGCCUGCUUACCCCUUCGGACAGCCCCGAUUUUGAGUCGGUGCAGGCAGGGCCAGAGCCAGACCCUCCCCUGGGCUACACCUCUCCCUUCCUUUCGGCCCGGCUGGCCCAGCAGCGAGAGGCCGAGAGGCACCCUCGCCUGGUGCUGGCUGGGCCCCCGCCACGCGAGCCCUCGCCCGUGCGCUACGACAAUCUGUCACGCCACAUCGUGGCUUCCCUUCAGGAGCGGGAGAAGUUGCUGCGCCAGUCACCCCCCAUGCCCAGUCGGGAAGAGGAACCCUGCCCGGGAGACUCAGGCAUCCAGUCGACGCCGGGCUCUGGUCACGCCCCCCGUACCAGCUCAUCUUCGGACGAUUCGAAACGCUCGCCCUUGGGCAAGACUCCCUUGGGCCGCCCAGCUGCUCCCCGGUUUGGGAAGCCAGAAGGGCUUCGGGGCCGGGGACUGGGGUCCCCUGAGCCGGCCCCAACCGCCCCUUACCUGGGUCGAUCCACAUCUUACAGCAGCCAAAAAGCCCAGUCUGGUGUCCCCGAGUCAGAGGAAGUUGCCUUGCAGCCAUUACUGGCACCCAAAGAUGAGGCACAACUGAAGACUGCCUACAGCAAAUCCAACGGGCAGCCCAAGACCCUGGGCUCUGCCUCCCCUGGCCCUGGCCAGUCAUCCCUCAGCAGCCCCACCAGGGGAGGAGUCAAGAAGGUGUCAGGGGUGGGUGGCACCACCUAUGAGAUUUCAGUGUGAGCCCCCGGCGCUGCCUCCGUGCCUACACCAAAGGGCCCUGAGUGGCUACCCUGCUCCCCCCAAGGGGCUCCCCUCACCUGCAUGGACACUUGUCAGACCACAGAUCCCAAGAGGAGGAGGAGCUUUUAAAAACCACCACGCUGGAGGCGGGGGAAUUUGGGGAGAGUGGGCAACCACUGCUAAGGCAGCAGCCCCUAUCUGAGAAUCACUCUCCUUCUCCCAGCCCUCCCCAACCCUGGGCCAGACUCAGUGGACAUUUGUGCAAUUGCUUGCCCUGGAGGGAACCGGAUCGUUUUUAAACCAGAAAUAAUUUUUUUUAUUAUUGUUACGGAUUCUAUUUUUUUCCUCUUCUGCGUUACCAGGUGUGUGUGUACAUAUAUAUAUAUAUAUAUAUAUAUAUAUAUACAUAUAUAUAUAUUAUAAAUAUCAAAGAAAUUAUAUAUCUACCCUGGGAUGGGGAAAGGGGAGGAGAAGGGUGAGCAUUGGGAGAGAGGGGGGAGCAAAGCUCCCCCCCUCUCUCUGCUCCUCAGACCAAUGGGAAAAGGGGUAGAGGCAUGGGAGGCUUUCACUCCUCGUGCCCUCCCCUUCCCUGUGGCUUCUCCUCUCUUCUCCCCUUCAUCUGUCCCUGCAGGGAGAGAGAGAGGGGGGGAUCAAGCAAGGGGCUUGGGAAGAGGAGAGGAGAGAUGCCUUCCUCCCUCUGCAGCAGACUUGCUCAUGAAGGAGGGAUUUGGGGAUGCUGCAGUCAGUUUUCUAAUCUCAUUGGCACUUGAUUUCCUCAGUGGGCAAGGCCUUGCUGCCUGUCCCAUGAGGCAGCAGGAAGAGCUGGCCUAGCCCAACUACUACAUCAUUGAAUCCCAACCCCCCAAGGGGGUUGGGGGGGACAGGCUUCCCAAAGGCAGCCCCUCAGUGCCUCCCCCAGCUCUCAAAUCCAAGGCCGGGAGAGGAAGAAUCCAAAAAGCAAUAUUUCUCAUCACAUGCCAAAAACUGGGAAUGGAGAGGGAGGGGCAGGCCUUGGUCUUAGCUGCUCUAGCUUCCUUGGGGAUUACCUUUAGCCCAAGUCUCCUGGGCAGCCAGGGAUGCCUGGGUCCUGGCCUCUGUAAGGGGAAGCUGCCUCUCUCCUGGCAGAGGCCCUUUUAUUUUUUAUUCUGAUUAGCCAUUUUAAACCAACAAGGAAUAAAAAGAAAUCCUGAUCUAA